AAAUUUUCUUUGGCGGCCGUGCUCAAAAUUUUUUUCCUCUCUUUAAAUACCCAGCCUGCUCUCUCCCCAACCUCUCUUUCUUUGUUCCAGUCACACUCUGUCGACCCUCCAGGAGUUUCUUUACGCCGGGUUCAAUCUCUGAUUGAGAGUUGCUAGAGCAAGAUCAGAACAAUGGGUGUCGCUAAAAAGGAAAAGAGCCGCGUCCAGCGGCAAGGUAGCGAUAAGCCCGGUAACUUGAAGCUCAAGGGCGAGAACUUUUACCGGGACACCGCCAAAGUGAAGCGUCUGAAUAUGUACAAGGAAGGACGUGCUCAGCGAAACGCGCAGGGUGAAAUCACAAAGGCUGCGUCGUUUCAGUCCACAGAGGUUCCCACUGCUCGGGUAGAGCCUAACCGUCGCUGGUUUGGAAAUACUCGAGUUAUUGCUCAGCAUACCCUGGAGCAAUUCCGCGAGGCGCUCAGUGCUACCAGAAAGAACCCUUACCAGGUUCUUCUGCGGCAGAACAAGCUCCCCAUGUCUUUGCUUGAAGAGCAGACGCAUGUGGAAACCCCCAAGUCAACCGUUGUUGAAACCGAGCCGUUCAGCAAGACUUUCGGACCCAAAGCCCAGCGCAAGAGGCCUAAGGUCAACGUUGGAUCUCUCGAUGAUCUGGCUGAGAAGACUGUUCAAGACUUUGAGUCAUACGAGCAGAAACUCGAGAACCAGGCGAUGAUGUCGGUUGCCGCUCCGACUGACUGGAUCCAGGAGGCUCGUGAUGCAAUUUUCUCCAAGGGUCAGUCCAAGCGAAUCUGGAACGAGCUCUACAAGGUCAUUGAUUCUUCCGAUAUCGUUGUUCAUGUCCUCGACGCUCGUGACCCUCUUGGAACUCGUUGCCAGUCUGUCGAGCAGUAUAUUAAGAAGGAAGCCCCCCACAAACAUCUGAUUUUCAUCUUGAACAAGUGUGAUCUGGUACCAACCUGGGUUGCUGCUACCUGGGUCAAGAGACUAUCCAAAGACUACCCCACCCUGGCUUUCCACGCGUCCAUCAAGCACUCUUUCGGAAAGGGCACUUUGAUCCAGCUGCUGCGCCAGUUCUCUGUCCUCCACUCAGACCGCAAACAAAUCUCUGUCGGAUUCAUCGGCUAUCCCAAUACUGGCAAAUCCUCCAUCAUCAACACCAUUCGCCAAAAGAAGGUCUGCACCGUCGCGCCAAUUCCCGGCGAGACCAAGGUUUGGCAGUACAUCACGCUGAUGAAGCGUAUCUACCUCAUCGAUUGCCCCGGUGUCGUGCCUCCUAGUACGAAAGACACCGAGACCGAUAUCCUGCUCCGUGGAGUCGUUCGAGUCGAGAACGUCUCCAACCCCGAGCAAUACAUCCCUGCUCUUCUCGAACGCUGCAAGCCGGCUUAUCUCGAGAAAACCUACGAGAUCUCGGGCUGGAACAACGCUCACGAGUUCUUGGAGUUGCUCGCGCGUAAGGGUGGUCGCUUGCUGAAAGGUGGCGAGGCGGACGAGACCGGAGUUGCAAAGAUGGUGCUUAACGAUUUCAUGCGUGGCAAGAUCCCGUGGUUCAUUCCCCCUCCGUUCGACGAGUCCGAGGAGAAGGAAUCUGCGGAAGCUGAUGCUCCUGCGAAGGAGUCUUCCAACGUUGCAGAGUGAUUUCGUACCGCUUUAUGAGUUUUGGGGCAGAAAGAGCUUGGAUUUCAUGGUGUAGGAAACGGGUGGGGAGUGUAUGUUUAUUUUUACUGGGUAUUACGGAAUCGGUUUACUAAAAAGUGUUCAU